UUUCACUGGCUGACUGUAAUGCCUUCCUCAAAGAGCUCCAACCACUGGACUCUAUCAGAGUUACUUGGGCAGCGGAAGCUGCUGGGGCUCGGAGCUCUGCUGGCAUGGCUCGUCCUCUUCCAUCUCCUUGUGAACGUUUGGCUCCUCUGCAUCUUCACCAGUCUCCUGGUGGUCCUCGGGGGUUGGCUGGGGUCCCGUGCUGUACUGGAUGCAAACAGCCUUCUCCACUUAGAGCAUUUUUUGCCUCUAGGUACAAUUACUCCUCCGCUGUACUCACCUGAACAUGAGUGGAGGUUGAACCAUGAGAUCGACUGUGCCGUCCACAAAGCAGUGCGUGACUUUGUGUCUUCGUGGUAUCGUACUCUGCUGCCAGAGGUGGAGGGGGAGUUUGAACGUGCGGUGCGUAAUUCGAUGCUGGAGUCAGUGAUGGAGCUGAAGGAGCGUGCACGGUGUGUGGACAGAAAGGCGUUGGUUCAGCGGCUGCUAGAGCUGUACGGCUGUCACCUGCAGAGCUACAUGACGGUGAGACAGAUACAGUCAACACAGAGGGAGGGCGUUAGCCUCUGGCAGCUCUACAGUAAAGUGGAUGCCCCUCACCCAGCUGUGAGCAGUGCAGCCACUGAGCUCAGCUACUCAAGAGCUCUAGUUAACCUCGUCCUACAUGUGCUUGUUCCAUACCCUCAGAUGGAAACCAGGACUGGAGGUUACAUGGUUACAGAGCUUAUCACCUGCAACGUUAUGCUGCCGCUUAUCAACAGGCUGUCUGAUCCUGACUGGUUGAACCAGACCAUUGUAGACAUAUUCGCCAGGUCCAGAGAGCCUCAGGAAAUCAAUGUGGAUGAGCUGCCAGCAGCUGCUCUAUACAGAUGUCAAGUCCAGCAGGAGUCCUGGACCACCUGUAGGUCACUGUCCUCUUCUGAACAAGCAGGCCUCUCCAGCAAAAGCACCUCUGACCUCGACGAUCCACAGAGCCACAGUAUGAUCUGCGACAGGGACUUCUCUCAGAGCAGCAUGGUUAGCAUGGCGUCUCUGGAGAAAUUAGAAAGCUGCCACCCAGGUUUGCUCACACCAUGCAAAGUGAACUGCUGUUCACUCACAUCUGGCCAAUACGCCGAGUCAUCAGAGUCCAAAAAGAUUUCACUGGACUCCCUAAUUCAGUCAGACUCAGAAGAUGACCUAACGGGAAGGUUUUGUGACUGUGGUCCUCCAAAAAACUUCUGCAACAUUAGCACUUUAAAGGACGAGGAGACCAUCGGCUGCUUCGGCCCUCUGAAAAAUCUCGGGCCGAAGGUGAUUGUGCCUGAGGACUCCCAGUGGCCGGCAGGUAUAGCCCAAGAGAAAUCCCCAUCUUGUCCUCCGAGAAGACUUUGUCUAAACUCCUACAACUUUGAUACUCCCAGUAACCAAGCUGCACCUGUGCAUAUCCAGAACAUACACAUUUCUGGUACUGUCACUGCGAAGGAGCAGCGUGGCACCAGCACACAUCCCUAUACUCUCUACACUAUAAAGUUUGAGACAGUGACUGAGGCAGAAAACGAUGCCACUGUACAAUCAAUGUCCUGUCACACUGUCAACCGGAGAUACAGCGAGUUCCUCAACUUGCAGACGCGUUUAGAAGAGAAGCCUGAAUUAAAGAAAUUAAUCAAGAAUGUCAAAGGCCCCAAGAAAAUGUUCCCUGACCUUCUAUUUGGCAAUGCAGACAGUGAGAGGGUCGAAGCCCGCAAAAGCCAAUUGGAUGCAUUCCUUAAACAAUUAAGCAGCAUUCCUGAGACAGCCAACAGCGAGGACAUGCAGGAGUUCCUGGCUCUCAACACAGAUGUUUGCACAUAUUUUGGAAGAAAACCUUUUGUCAAGUCAAGAAUUGAUAAGAUGAUGGAAAAUGCUUUAGACACACUGAAGACUGCCUUCCCUUAUCCUGAGCCCCUCAGUCCAACAGAGGAGCUUGAAGGAGACGUUGAUGGAAGAACGAUGGACUACAGAAAGUACAGGAGGCUUAUGUUCCCAAGCAAAAUUUCCCCAUCUCUCAAUAUACCUGACCUACAUCCUAAAGUGACAUACUGCUUUAGUGAGGGCAGUGCUGUCCUCAACGGCAUGUCGCUGUCUGGCCUGGAGAGCUUCGUCAAAGAGCAGGAAACACUUUUGUGUGAGCAGAAUGGGAAAGAGAGAGCCAAGCAGAGCUGUGAGCGGCCUGGCAAAGACAAGAGGACUUCAGGAAAACCUCAUGGGACAGACACAGCUGUGGCAGAUGUUGCUCUGAACAUCUUGUGUCUGCUGAUGAAGGACCAGUGGAGUUGGCUGUGCACUGAGAAUAUACAGAAGACCAUCAGACUGCUCUUUGGCACCUUCAUUGAGAGAUGGUUGGAUGUAGGAGUUGCCCACCUUACCAGUGCCCCCUGCUGGGUGAUUUACCUACAAGUGCUGCAGGAAGCUGUGUGGCCAGGAGGCACGUUACCCGCUCAACCACGACCAGAGCGUAGCGCUGCAGAGAGAGAAGAAACUAAGGAGCAGUGCCUGGACUGUCUAAUGCAGCUUCUCCCAGAGCUCAUAACUGACAUGCUGGGCAGUGAGAAAUACAGAGUCAGCUUGGAGACCAUGCUGGCAUCUCUACAGGACCAUCAGAUAAACAAGCAUCUGAUCUACUGCAUCUGUGACCUGCUGCUGGAGUUUCUGAUCCCUGAGUCGUGUGACGAGGCCUUCCAGAGGUCUCUGCUGCAGAGCCUAGCUAAAGACUCAGAGAGGGACAGUCCUCACACAUGAUCAGCGCGUGAUAAUGCUAAUAGUUGGAGGCAACUGAUGGAUGAUGUGAAGUACACAGGGGUGAGGGUAGUAAUGAAUUCAUAAUGGCCUGUAGUAACUUGGUUCUGUGGGGCACUGGCACAGAAUAGCAGCAGUCAUUAUGUCUCAGUCAUGUGGGUCCACCCGCCUUGAGGGAUUCAUAAUAAACAUCCCUGCCUUGUGAUUUACAGUAAAAUAAAGGUGAUACAGGCGACAUGAGUGUCUGUUUCUGAAAACAUCCAGAGGGGACGCAUCAGGAGGAAAAUGAGAGUGGACUCUUAGUUAUGAUGCAAAUAGCCAGUCACAUAAUCAAAUAUCAACUAUUGUUCUAUCCCAAACCAUGUCAAAUUUUGUUUUAUAAGCAGGACACCAAUACCUACAGGCAACACUGGCCUAUGCUCUGUAAGUAUUUCUUUUUAUUUUUUUAUUGAUCCAUUUAUUAAUUCAUUGAUUCAGAUCUUUUUUUCAAGACCCUAUUGGAAAUUUAUGUAAAAUCAGCUUAUUUGUUUGUGAAUUUCAUCUUCAUCACUUUGCUACUCUGGUAGUGUAUUUUAUUUUGAUAGUACUUUUUCAUCUGUUUCUCCUGUGGGCUGAGGUGUCUAUACAAGACCAUAUUUAGUUUUAACACAUAUAUUUUAUUGUUUUUACAAUAAAAUUGUGUGUAGUGUAGCCUUAAGCUAAAAGAGUUUAUACUGGCAUUGGCAGUGAUGUUUCCAAUACCUAACCACCAUGACAACAUGACUGUAAAAUCUGGACUUGCUUUUACCUGAUGGUCUGUGGGAACCAUUUUUGAAUUAAUAAAUUCAUCAGAACAUAAUAGUAAAAGCACUAUUCCAUGUGCAAAAAGAGCUUUUGAUUUGACACAUGUACUUUCAAUAAUUCACCCAAGAUCCCAGACUGAUAUUUCAUUGAUAAAAGUAAUUUAAAAAGAGUUAGUGCAGGCAGUGUUAUAGUCUUCCCAUGAUCUUUUGAUCCUGACCAGCCUUUGAAAAAUACUCACUGCUUCACAGACGAUUUCUUUGAUGAGGCUGUAAUAGCGAGAAAGAUUAACACCUUACUGCAUGACUUAUGAAACCACUGUGAAAAAUAUCCCUUUUAUAUUUGACGUAAGUGGUAAAUUAAGAAAGACGAGGAACAAACUCGCCAACGUCUAUAAAGUGUUUCCAUAUGGCAGUGUAACCCAGUUUAACAUGAAAAACAUUUUUGCCUACAAAACUGCACCAAAUGUUUUUCUCAGAUUAAUUCAAUUCAAAUUUCAGGCCCCUUGUAACAUAAGAGCAACAGAUAACUUUAAGUGGCAUCAGUACAGAUUAUAGCUGCAAAUGCUGCUGGUAGUUAUCAUUAUAAGACACAGUCAGUUUAAAAUGAUGCUUGUUAAGCAGUGUACCAUAUGUAAAACUAUGAGCGAGUAUCACCAUGUUAGAGACGAGUAGAGACAACACUUCAGUGUCUCACUGUGUGUCCUGUGCAGGGAUGUGAUGAUGUGCCAGAGAUCAGCAGAGUGAAAACACUCAUAUUUCUAGUGUGAAAAAUUGGGAUUUACCAGUGCGCUAAUAUUCCCCCUCUGCUCUCUCCUCUCCCUGUGUGUUGGAGACAGACAUUUUAGCAGUGGUCAACUCUUUGAUGAAGUUAUCUUGUUUGUGAGGAAAAGUGACUGCUCUCAUUUCAUCUUUGUGGAGCUUUAAAAUGACAUUGUGUCUAAAAGGUGAAGUUGUAUAGGGGGACACGAUAACAGGAAUACCUAACAAUAAAACACAAUCCAAACAACAUCCAACCUCAUCCUUUUCCUGAAGCUGAUGAUCUGAUGAUCAGAUGUCAGUGUAUAAAUCUUCUGCCUUUGUUUCCACGUGUAGUUCAGGAGGACUUUAUAAAUUGGAUCUUAGGAACACUUAGCACAGCUGGCUUCCUUUCUCAUGAUAUCAUGGGCUGAUACUGGCGGGCUCCCACCUCCUGUCUCAUGCUUUGGGACUUUACUGGCAACCAGAGGAGACAAAAACACUCAAGCUGCAUUGACGGUGGCCCCAUAUGUCUUGAUGUCAAAGCAGCUGUACUUUCACCACAAAUCUUUCAAUGGGACAAACAUCUGUGAAAUUUCACAACUAAUCUCUGACUGACACAUGGAAUACUUCAAUCUCAAGUACCUAUAGAGGAUUUGUUGACUCCUUUCAACUGUGUUUAGAAAUGUAUUAUCAGUUAUUUAAAAAUGUCAUAAGAUAUACUGGAUUUGAAUAAUUUUGCUGAGCAACGAAACUUGAAAUGAGUUUUCUUCCUUAUAGUAGCCUACUUGAAUGUGGAGAAUGCCAUAUGCUUUGUGUAUGUGAAUUAUUAUUAUUAUUAUUAUUAUUAUUAUUAUUAUUAUUAUUAUUUGGUUGCUGUUUUUAAACAAAACCUUUACCAUCCUACUAAAGUCAUUUACAGUAGGCUGUGUAACUGUAAUUACACAAUAAAGAUCUUCAUAAUGUUA